AAAUGAAAAUUUCUUAUCUAUUUUUGGUCUGACAGGAGGUGCAAGAGAAUGAACUGGCAUAGAGCUUCCACUCAUGGAAAUAAAAGCCUUCCAUGAAAAUAAAAAUAAAAAAGCACCCAUGGCCUUCCUCCCCUUUUUAUUACCAGAGAAAGAAGAAGCAGAGAGAUCUCUCAACAUUUCAAUAACCACAUUACCUGUAAUUAUAAAUACCUUCAUAACUCUUCUUUGGAUCUCAUUCUGUAAAUUUGCAUGAAGACUUGAGGCCUCGCAAGAUUCUCCUCAUAACCAGUGGCGACUUGGCAUGAGACUUUCAUGGGAGAAUGUCCAUGCACCUGGUUGAUGGUGGGGAAGAACAAUAGCUUUGGAGGAUUCUCCCUGUAAAUAAUAAGCAUUAUCAGUAAAAAAGAAAGAAGCAAAGCAUCCAUCUUGGCUAGAACUGAAGGCUUACCGCUCUGAUAUUGGACAUGGAAAUGUGAAUCGUGUGUGGUACUGUCAGUGACUAAUUCGGUCAGGAUUUUCUCUAUGUUUGUUGGUUUUAACAUGAAAGGAUGCGUAAGGAGCAAACUUUGAGAAGAUAGUAACAGUCAAAAGCUUUCCUAAGCAAUUGGAUGGACAAAUGAUCAUGCUAACAGUACAGUAAGCAUUUAGAUUUCAAAGGAGAAGCAGGGAACUACUGCAACUUGGGGCAGUUAACUUCAUCUCCAUCAGAGAAAAAUAUAUGGUAUUUUUACUUUAGGAGCUAAAUUCCAAAUGAGGUUCAUGUGCUGUGGCUUUUAUUUCAGGUCCUUGUCAUGUUAUGCCCCAUACGCAGAUUUCAAUCUGAGACUAUUCUCAACAUCUGCCUUCUGAUUGGCUUAAAUUGAUAGUAGAGCUCUUUAAUGGAGUUUAUCUCGAGUUUGAACAAUCUAAAUAUUUUUAUCUUGGUCGCUCUUGUUCUUUUGUUUUCUGAAUCUGAUGCCCAAGAGCCUGGGGCCUAUAAUGAAACUAGUCAAUCAUUGGAUUCUCUUCUUCAGGAUUAUGCAUACAAAGCUUUCAUUAGACCUCGUACUGGUGUAGUCUAUACGGCAUCUGUUCCCCAAAAUAUAUCGGGUGUGAAAUUGGAAGCAGUUAGGCUUAGGCAUGGGAGCUUUUGGAGAAAAGGUAUCAAUUAUAACGAGUUUCAGAUCCCAGCUGGAGUUAGAGUUUUGCCUUAUGUGCAAAGAUUUGCUUUAAUUUACCAAAAUCUGGGCAAUUGGUCUGCUAUUUAUUACAGUGUGCCUGGCCAUACUCUCAUUUCUCCUGUUUUGGGUCUUCUUGCUUAUGAUGCAUCGAAUCUCACUGCCAUCAAUCUGCCAGUUCUCCAACUAAAUGCCAGUAAAGAACCCAUUUCUAUAGAAUUUGGGGGAUUAAAAGUACCUAACGGAAUGGUUCCCAAGUGUGUUUGGUUUGAUUUAAAUGGUUCUGUAAAGCUCACUGAUUUGUUACCACGUAAUAUGUGCUCAACUUCCCAGCAAGGGCACUUUUCUGUUGUUGUUGAGUCUAAUGCUCAAGCUCCAUCUCCUACUCCUGCAAAGGCUCCCCCAACUCCAAUUGAGCCUCCAAGGGCUAGUACUCAUAAGAAGGGCACUUCAAACGUUUGGAAAAUCACUGUUGCUUCAGUUAUUGGUGGGCUUGUGAUAAUUAGUCUCUUCUGUUUUCUUGUUAUUGGGUUGUUAAGAUAUCAAAAGAAAUCAAAGUUUGCAGCGAUGGAAAGGUAUGCUGAUCAAGGUGAAGCCUUGCACAUGGCCACUGUGGGAAAUACUAAGGCACCAGCUGCCCCUGGGACCCGAACACAACCAGUUUUGGAGCAUGAAUAUGUGGCCUGAUGGCAAUGAUAUUCAUGCCGAUGCAUGUGUCCUGCUCAAGGAGAUUGGUACUUUUCAAUGUGCCUCUCGCUGUUUGAGCUCCUAAUUUAUUCCUUUCAGGGGAUUGUAUGGUUUAUCAUUGAUUCAACCCUGGAAAAAAUUGUUGAGGUUUUAUUUUCUUGGUGAAAUUUAGAUGGUUUCAUCAAAGAGGGAAAAAAAGAAGAUGGCAGUUUGGUUGUAAUUGACCGAACGUAUUUGACUUCUUGUGAUUGGGUUAUUUUAGAGAAAUUGUUUGAUUCAGCAGAAGGCCUCAGGUGAUCUGUCAUUUUUCCUUUGAUGCCUACUUUUCCAAUUUUGAAAGAAGAGAACGAACCAUAUUCCGAUUUGUGUAUUUCCUUGCUUAUCUGUUUCUAGAAUUCAUUCUCGACUGCUCUAUGCAAUUUAUCAUUUCCAUCA